AUGUCAAACGGGAAUCUGGCCGAGUGCGAUUCUAAUCCGAGAAUUGUACCCAUGAAGGUCAUCGUCUGCGGCCUUAUGAGGACAGGCACUUUGAGCAUGAGAGCUGCCCUAAGACAACUUGGUAUCCACGAUGUUUACCAUAUGCAAACAACCGGCACAAAUCCCCAAGACAUUCCUUUGUGGAUGCGAGCAAUCGACGCCAAAUAUAACGGAAUCGGGCGCUUUGGUCGUGAAGACUGGGACAAGCUUCUUGGCACACAUCAGGCCACUACAGACGUCCCCGCCUCCUUCUUCGGAACCGAACUCGCAAAGGCAUACCCAGAAGCCAAAGUCAUCAUCCUCAACCGCGAGAGAGAGAAAUGGUACGAUUCCUGCAUGGCGAGCAUCCACGCCGCUUUCAGCAGCCUUUCGAUCUUCAACAAAAUCCUCAUCGUACUGUUCGAUCCCACCUUUCGCGAGUUCGGCAUGUUCAUGAACAAGAUCAACACCCAGAUCCAAGGGUUCCAGUGGCCGGAGAGGGAAAAGGCUCUGACCUUCUUCGACGGAUAUUACGCCGAAUGGAGGUCCGAGAUCCCGAAGGAACGUGUGCUGGAGUAUCGCGUCCAGGAUGGUUGGGGUCCGCUUUGUCGACAUCUCGGCGUGCCCGUUCCAACCGUUCUGGGACCGAAUGGCCAGGUCGUCGAGGCUCCGUUUCCACGGUUGAAUGAUGGUGCGUCGAUGAGGGCUGCUGCGCAGAUUAAGAUGAGGCAGAUGCACUCUAGGGUGUUUAAGAGGUUGUUGGGUUGGGCCCAGACGGUGAGUUUGUUGGCGUUGGUGGUGUAUGUUUUGUAUACGAGGCGGUCGACUCGGGGCGUGUCUGAGUUGUGA